UGUUUCCCGAGCUGGCAAGAAAAGACACAGAGUUGCGAUCUUUUUCUGUGACUCUUAUCUCGCUUUUCUGUGUUCAGUUUUUAGAAAAGCAGUUACCGAUUUUUAUUGUCAGUGUUUUUUUUAGUAGAAAGGGUUCCAUUUUCCUACGGAGAAACUUUCCAAAGGAGUGACAACGAGCGAGGUUUGAGGAGGUGUAUGUCAGGAUGGCCCAGUGGAACCAGUUACAGCAGCUGGAGACCAGGUAUCUGGAGCAGCUCUACCACUUGUACAGUGACAGCUUCCCUAUGGAGCUACGCCAGUUUCUUGCCCCCUGGAUUGAGAGCCAGGACUGGGCUUACGCUGCCAAUAAGGAGUCACAUGCCACACUGGUUUUCCAUAACCUCUUGGGAGAGAUUGACCAGCAGUAUAGCCGUUUCCUGCAGGAGAACAAUGUACUCUACCAGCAUAACCUGCGCAGGAUUAAACAGCAUCUGCAGAGCAAAUACUUGGAGAAGCCGAUGGAUAUUGCCCGCAUCGUUGCCCGCUGCUUAUGGGAGGAGCAAAGGCUCCUGCAGACUGCCACAUCUGCUGCACAGGAUGGCCAGGCAGCCCAUCCCACUGGGACAGUAGUUACAGAGAAACAGCAGAUCCUGGAGCACAACCUUCAAGACAUCAGGAAGCGGGUGCAGGAUAUGGAACAGAAGAUGAAAAUGCUUGAAAACUUGCAGGAUGACUUUGACUUCAAUUAUAAGACAUUGAAAAGCCAAGGAGAGUUGUCCCAGGACCUAAAUGGAAAUAGCCAGGCAGCUGCUACAAGACAGAAGAUGGCUCAGCUUGAGCAGAUGCUGAGCGCCUUGGACCAGCUCAGGAGGCAAAUCGUGACAGAGAUGGGAGGUUUGCUAACCGCCAUGGAUUAUGUGCAGAAGAACUUGACAGAUGAAGAACUAGCAGACUGGAAGAGGAGACAGCAGAUUGCCUGUAUUGGAGGUCCACCUAACAUCUGCCUGGAUCGCCUAGAAACAUGGAUUACAUCCUUGGCUGAAUCCCAGCUCCAGAUUCGUCAGCAGAUCAAGAAGCUGGAGGAGCUUCAGCAGAAGGUGUCCUACAAAGGAGACCCCAUCAUUCAGCACCGUCCCGCCCUAGAGGAGAAGAUUGUGGACUUGUUCAGAAACCUGAUGAAGAGCGCUUUUGUGGUCGAAAGACAGCCUUGUAUGCCCAUGCAUCCAGACAGACCUCUGGUUAUCAAAACAGGAGUGCAGUUCACAAACAAAGUCAGGUUACUGGUUAAGUUUCCUGAACUCAAUUACCAGCUGAAAAUUAAAGUUUGCAUUGACAAAGAAUCUGGUGAUGUGGCUGCAAUUCGAGGGUCACGAAAGUUUAACAUCCUCGGUACCAACACAAAAGUUAUGAACAUGGAGGAAUCCAACAAUGGCAGCCUGUCAGCAGAGUUUAAACACUUGACCCUGAGGGAACAGAGGUGUGGUAAUGGUGGCCGGACUAAUAGUGAUGCCUCUCUGAUUGUCACAGAGGAGCUGCAUCUUAUCACUUUUGAGACAGAAGUCUAUCACCAGGGCCUAAAGAUAGACCUGGAGACUCAUUCCCUGCCUGUGGUAGUCAUUUCGAACAUCUGCCAGAUGCCCAACGCUUGGGCUUCCAUCCUGUGGUACAACAUGCUCACUAAUCACCCAAAGAAUGUAAACUUCUUCACCAAGCCUCCAGUGGGGACUUGGGACCAGGUGGCCGAGGUGCUAAGCUGGCAAUUCUCCUCCACUACCAAGAGAGGCCUGACCAUUGAACAGCUCACCACACUGGCUGAGAAGUUACUAGGCCCCUGUGUCAACUACUCUGGCUGUCAGAUCACUUGGGCCAAGUUCUGUAAGGAAAACAUGGCUGGUAAAGGCUUCUCCUUCUGGGUGUGGCUGGACAACAUCAUUGACCUGGUGAAGAAGUAUAUCCUGGCACUGUGGAACGAAGGGUAUAUCAUGGGUUUUAUCAGUAAGGAGAGGGAGAGGGCCAUUCUGAGUCCAAAGCCUCCUGGCACUUUUCUGCUGCGCUUCAGUGAGAGCAGCAAGGAGGGGGGCAUCACAUUUACAUGGGUAGAGAAAGACAUCAGUGGGAAGACCCAGAUUCAGUCAGUGGAGCCCUACACCAAGCAGCAGCUCAACAGCAUGUCUUUCGCCGACAUCAUCAUGGGCUACAAGAUUAUGGAUGCUACCAACAUCCUGGUCUCACCUCUUGUCUACCUCUACCCCGAUAUCCCCAAAGAGGAAGCUUUCGGGAAAUACUGCAGGCCAGAAGCAGCUCCGGAAACUGAGAUGGGAGGAGACUCUACGAGCACUAUUCAGCCAUAUUUGAAGACCAAGUUCAUCUGUGUUACACCGUGUCCCUCCGUGUUCAUGGACUUGCCGGACAGUGAGCUGCUUGGGAACGGAUUCCCAGGCACAAACUCUGGAAACACCAGUGAUCUGUUCCCCAUGUCGCCCCGCACCCUCGACUCUCUGAUGCACAAUGAAGCUGAAGCUAAUCCAGGACAUAUGGAUUCUCUCACCUUGGACAUGGAUGUAGCAUCGCCUCUGUGAAGAGAUUUGUAAAGUUUCUUCAGUUUAAUUCAUUCAUUCGUUGGGAUUUGAUAUUUUGCCGUGAUAGAGAAUUUUAUGAUGAUUUUCUCUUUGCCGCUGUACACUCGUUCAGCCUGUACAGUUGGUUUCUUGCUCCUGUGUCAAACUUUCACAUAGUAGGGAAUUGAAUGACUUUUGAAAGAUGUUCUUUUAAAAGGCAUUGCCACUUAUUUAGCCUUUGACUGUACACCUCUACUUAGUGUGUGAAUCUGUUGAUCGAUACUGACCUACUCACUGACCUUACGUUCAAUACUUCCCCAUCUUCAUUGAUGUUUUUAAGUACCCUUUAAGUGUCUGGAAUUGUAUAUUUUGAGAUCAUUGUAUUUUUUGUUAUUGACUCUUAAGAUGGUUAUGAAUUCAUGUGUUCUGUUUUUUGAAUAAGAACAUGUAAGGAGAAUAAUUAUUGUAUAAGCUAUGCCGCUUUGAAAAUGUACUUUGAUGAAUUUAUUUUGAUGUGUUUAAUGAUCUUUCUCAGUAUAUAUUGUUGCAUUUUUAAUCCCUGCCAAAUGUUAUUUCCCAGGUGUUCCAUAAUACCUUGGUUGCAUUUAAAAUGGUUUUUGUUUCGUUAUGGUUUUUAGAACAAACCUUAAUAUUUCCUAUAUUUUCAGAGCCUUUUGAAGCAUUUUGAAAUUGUACAGAGAAGGAAGGACGAGGAGUUUGACAUUUUUGAAGUUAUUUUCCCGUAAGCUUUCUUUCCCUUUAUAUAAUUGUGAGAAAUUACGUGAUAUAACUUGUAAAAAUGGUGCUCUGAAAACAGUUUUUUUUUUGGUCACUCCCCAAUAUAUAUCGUAAUUUGUGAUCAUGUGAAUUGCACUUGCUUUUGAAAGUAGCGUUAUGGUUUUUGUUUUUGCCUGAAUUCACCUGAUACGAUCAGAUAUGUAAUGUAAAUCAUUUUAUGAACAGUUUAUUUUAAGACAUAUUUGUUUAUCAAAAUAACCAUGGAUGUUUCAGAAAAAUAUUUCACUCUCGCAGAGUAUACACAAUAAGGUGGCUAGCAGGUGACUUUUAACAUUUCAUACAGUUGAGUAAACCCUGUCAUUUGACUUUAAUACAAGCCACGUUUGUCUGUCGAGCCAUGAAAUGUCAGGAGGUUUUCUGUAAAAUACACUGUAACUAUUCAGCAUUUGACAGAAGGCAAUAAAAACAAGUUGGCAGUAGUCAAAAGUA